UGUGUGGAGGAGUAAAAUGUUCUAACACCUAAAGAAAAGCUUUUAAGUGUUUUUAAGUGACCCCUAAAAUAAUUUUAACAAGGUAUAUCAGGGAAUUAAAAUGUUUCUCUUCGUCUCAGUGGGAGAUUUUUUUUUAUUUUUUAUGCUAGAGCGCUAACACAAAUGAGCUCUCUCCCUCCUCACCGUUUGCACAUCAGCAUAUGGACUCUCCACUACUCCCCUUCUCCGCAAACCGAGCUCAGGAGCUCACUCCUCUUCAGCAGCCCGUAACCGGCGAUUUUUGGCAGAGAAAAACAAGUAAUUGUGUCAUGAGAACACAGUGUGUGCACGAAUAGAAAAGAACGACAGAGCUACACCACAGCAGCCUCAGAUCACACUGCUUUGCUGGCAGCUCCUCUUGCACUGAGAGCCAGGAUGAAUGACGUUCAAGAAGCCACUUCCCCUGGAACCAGCCUCAGUGGUCCAGCAACCUGCGUCUCCAAAGUGGAGCUACGUGUUUCUUGCAAAGCUCUACUGGACCGAGACACUCUCAAUAAAUCAGACCCAUGUGUCAUGCUCAUGGUUCAGACCAAUGGACAGUGGACGGAGCUGGACCGAACAGAGGUGAUCAAGAGCAACCUGCACCCGGUCUUUGCUAAGGUUUUCAUGGUGGACUAUUACUUUGAGGAAGUUCAGAAGCUGCGGUUCGAGGUCUACGACAUCCACGGCACUCACAGCAUCGGGGGUCGUGAUGACGACUUCCUGGGCGGGGUGGAGUGCACCCUCGGCCAGAUUGUGGCUCAAAAGAAGAUGGUGAAGCCUUUGUUGCUGAAGUAUGGAAAAUAUGCCGGCAAAUCCACCAUCACUGUGCACGCUGAGGAAAUUUCUGGCAACAACGGAUAUGUGGAGCUCUCUUUCUGUGCCAAGAAGCUUGACGAUAAGGAUCUGUUCAGUAAAUCAGACCCAUUUUUGGAAAUCUACCGAAUCAAUGAUGACGAGACUGAACAGCUUGUGCACAGAACGGAGGUGAUUAAAAACAACCUCAACCCUGUGUGGGAGCCUUUCAAAGUGUCUCUCAUAUCACUCUGCAGCUGUGACGACGAGCGAAAGCUGAAGUGCCUCGUGUGGGACUACGACUCCAGAGGGAAGCAUGACUUCAUCGGCGAGUUCUACACCACUUUCAGGGAAAUGCAGAAAAUCUCUAGUGGAAAUAAGGUGACGUGGGAUUGUGUGAAUCCCAAGUACAAACAGAAGAAGAGGAACUAUAAAAAUUCUGGACUCGUCAUCCUCAGCGAUCUCAAGCUCCAUAGAGUGUAUUCCUUCUUGGAUUACAUCAUGGGAGGAUGCCAAAUUCACUUUACGGUGGCCAUUGACUUCACAGCUUCCAAUGGAGAUCCUAGGAACAGCUGCUCGUUGCACUACAUCAACCCGUACCAGCCCAAUGAAUACCUGAAGGCCCUGAUUGCAGUGGGAGAGAUCUGUCAGGACUAUGACAGUGACAAAAGAUUUUCAGCCCUGGGGUUUGGAGCCAGAAUUCCUCCAAACUAUGAGGUCUCUCAUGACUUUGCCAUUAAUUUCAACCCAGAUGAUGAUGAAUGUGAAGAGAUCCAAGGGGUGGUUGAGGCGUACCAGAACUGCCUGCCUAAGAUCCAGUUGUACGGUCCAACCAACGUGUCUCCCAUCAUUAGCAGGAUAGGCAGACUGGCAGCAGGGGACGGCAUCAUUAAGGACGCCUCUAGGUACCACAUCCUCCUCAUCCUCACUGAUGGCGUAGUGACAGACAUGGCAGACACUCGUGAAGCCAUUGUGCGUGCCUCCUACCAGCCUCUCUCCAUAAUCAUCGUCGGCGUGGGUAACGCAGACUUCACAGACAUGCAGAUUCUGGAUGGAGACGACGGAGUCUUACGCUCACCUAAAGGAGAGCCGGUCCUUCGGGAUAUCGUGCAAUUUGUGCCGUUCAGAGACUUCAAAACGGCUUCACCUGCAGCUUUGGCCAAAUGUGUCCUGGCAGAGGUUCCCAAACAGGUAGUGGAGUACUACAGCCACAAGGCCAUCCCACCCAUGUGUCCAAUGAGAGACUUACACACUCCAAUCCUCAGCCCGUUAGCCACCACUCCAACAGAAUAACAGCCCACACACAUCCCCGGGGAACGAGCGUUGACCUCUGCACAUAUGGGCCAAACUGAGAGGGACGAGAAUGGAGGAGGAUGGUCUUUGUGUCUAGAUGUGCUCUUUCUUUUUCUUUUUCUUUUUCACACAUGGUGUUGAUACCAGAUCAGCAGCUGGUGGUUGUGUCUUUCUGCUCCACCUAAAAACCAUUCACUAAUGUUCAAAUGGCCGCGCAGCCGUUCCAGUAUCAUGAGUCCAAAACACUCUGUUAUUUCCAUCAGUUAUUCAUCAUCGAUGAAACUUCAUUUGAAUGUAGGCCUUUUUGAAAAAAAGUCAGUUUCUAAUGCAUUCUUUGCAUCUUGACCUUAUCUGCUAUGAUUUUUUUUAAAUUAUUUUUAAUCAUUUUUAAAGAUACACAUGUAACUUAGAUCCAAACCAGGAUAAGUACAAGGGAAUAAUGCCGUCUUUUUAACUCCUUAUAAGGUCGAUUGACAGAGAAGUCAAUCAAAUUAUAUAUAUAUAAAUGACGUAUAUGCUGUUUUUUAGGCGGGUGGAGGGGGUGUUGAGGCCGGAGGGGGUGUGUUUUCUUUCAUGGUUCUGAUUCAGACUGAUUCACUGUUUAUUCAUUUACUCUUUGCUGUUUCUAUUCACAGCUAAUAAGCUUCAUCCAUACAGUUUACUAAUCAGCGGAGGAGGCGUUUAAGUCACUGUGCCAAAAAACUCAAGACGUGAACAUAAACAUCAAACUUUUUAUAAGGGUGGCUGUCAACAAAACUCAAAUUUACAGCAUAUACAUUUUUCUGCAACAACAUUGUUUCCAACGUGAAUACGAGUUAGUGAAAGACAUAAAAUACGACACCACAAUGCAGCAGUAGUUUGUUAUAGUUGUUAGGUAUAACAAUUACCAAAAUGUCAACUGAUUUAUUAAAAUGAAAUGACAGUAAAUGACAGCUGUAGUCACACAAGUGCAUCCUCAAAUGGUUGAGUGAGUUUGGUGUUUUGACCCUGUACAGAAUAAUUUGGUCUCAUCUUUCAAUUUUUUUUUUUACUUUUUAAUUCAUUUUUAUAAUGCCUGUUACUUUCAUGUAGUCAUCAGAUUAUCAAGUGUUUCUCAUUGAAACAUAUUAACGCUUCAGUCUGAAUGGCAGAAGACCUUGAUGUUGAAAAGCUGCGGAAAAAGUUAAGUUUUUAAAAACCAUGGAUGAUGUCACAAAAUGAAGACUAUGAGUGAUUUGGCUGAUGGUCUGCAUUUAAAGAAAAGAUCAGUUUGAUGUGAGAUGAUGAGGAAUUAUUAGUUAGUUACUAAUUUGGAUUUGACUGAACACUUAGUGGCAGGUAACCAAGAGCUCUGAGAUAGACAUGUUGGUCUGUCUGUUGUUUCCUCCACCCUGUACUGAAAUGAUCUACGUUAAGAUGGUGCCACCACGAUGGGACAACAGAACAAAGCAGGGAGUUUUUAUGUGACUAAGAGAAAUACUACAAUCCAAUAGUCAACCACAGCUCUGAAUGACUGCGUAUAAAAGUCCAAUGUUGAGGUUAAACUGUGAGAAUCAAAUGAAUGAAAAUUGAAUUAAAAAGGUUUAACAAUAAUAUGAACAAGUAAAAGGAAUUAACAUGUUACCCCUGAGUCUUAUUUGGUAAUUAGGGCUGUCAAACGACGAACAUUUAUAAUGUGAUUAAUCACAGGGCAGCUGUGGAUGGUUCUUGUUACUCGUGACUAAUUGAACUAAGUGACUAUGAUUAAUGAAGGAAAAAAAACUUAUUUUCUGUAUAUUGCAAAAGCAUAAAGACAAAUAACAGCAGGCAGAUGGAUGAUUUAAAACCUGUUUUUAUUUGUGAUAAAUCCAAAAGAUUGACAAAAAUGUCAAGAAGAAUAUGCAAAGCUAGAACUCAAAGUUUAGCUUCAUAGAGUUGGUGGAUUUUAGUCAGUACUGUUCAUCUUGUAAAAGCUUUUCAAGCUAGAGAUGCUAAGACAUACAAACUCUUCCCCGCUGUUCUAGAGAAUAACAACUUGUAUGGACGGUCAGAACAACCAAGUUAAAUGUCAAAUAAUGAAACCUUAAAGAAGUUCAAGCUUUGUUAGAUAGGGAAACUCAUCUGCUCUACUUCAUCUGUCGUAUUAACCUCUGCUCUCUGCACAUUCACCACAAACACUGUGAUUUCCUUCACAGAAAC